UUUUUUGAGGGGGCAAUGCAUAAAGUUCUGAUCUUUGAGGGGCCUUUGUUUACAAUAUUUGAAGCUAAGCUGAAGAGUAACCUCAGCAGUCAGUCAGCGGUGCCCCCUUUCUUGCAUCACUCUCUUCUUUUGGGGUCUGUAAACAAUUUUUUAAUACACUCCUCUCUCUCCUCUCAAAAGUCCCCCCCCCCUCCUUAUUUUCAUGGCAUCACUGUAUUAGUCGAUCAUGAGUUCUUGAGUUCUAACACUAUCAGAUUGCACACCUACCGGCAAUUACUUCAUGACUUUCAUAAGCGUCCUAGCAGGAAGGUCACUGGAAUAAACACAAAUUAUACGGUUCUGCAGCCAAAGAUUUCAAAUAUGAGCAAAGACUGUCACAACUGGCAGCUAGUGAAAGAGGAGUUCACAUUUCCUGCAAACUCUUCUCCCUUCAAUAGCUGUCAUGCCUCUACCAUUGUUGAGGUUGAUAAAAAUCACUUUUUGGUUGCUUAUUUUGGAGGUACAAAAGAGGGAGCACCUGAUGUGAAGAUUUGGAUACAGACAUACAAAGAUGGUUAUUGGCAAUCACCCAUCAUCGUUGAUGAUCAGCUUGAUGUUCCUAUGUGGAACCCUGUGCUAUUCAAACUGGCAUCAGAGGAGUUACUUCUGUUCUAUAAAGUCGGUCAAGAGGUCCAAAAAUGGAGUGGAUGCAUGAAACGGUCUUACGACAAAGGUGUUACUUGGUCAAAGAGAGAGCAACUUCCUCCUGGCAUAUUAGGACCGUCAAAGAAUAAGCCAAUCUUGUUGGGAAAUGGGCUCUUGCUCUGUGGAUCAUCUGUAGAAAGUUGGAAUUCUUGGGGUGCAUGGAUGGAGGUGACUGCAGAUGCAGGUAGGUCAUGGAGAAAGCAUGGCCCAAUAUACGUUGAAAAUACAUCUCUUAGUGUGAUUCAGCCAGUACCAUUCCAGACUGCAGAUGGGACAUUUCGUGUUUUAUUGCGUUCGUUUGAUGACAUUGGAAGAGUUUGUAUGUCAGAAUCCUAUGAUGGUGGUGUGACCUGGGGUUAUGCAAAACCCACUGAACUCCCCAACCCAAACUCAGGUAUUGAUGGGGUUAAACUAAAAGAUGGUCCUGUCUUGCUUGCUUACAAUACAAUCUCAAGGGGCGUGCUUAAAGUUGCUGUGUCCAAAGAUGAUGGUGACUCUUGGCAUGAUGUUGUUACACUAGAGGAAAAACUGGAUAUGGAAUUCUCAUAUCCAGCGGUUAUCCAGGCUAGUGAUGGUUCUGUUCACAUCACUUACACAUACAAUAGGACACAAAUUAAGCAUGUGGUCCUUCAACCAAGUUGAUGCUAAAUAGAUUAGUAAGGAAGCUAAGAAGGCUUAAGGGAAGAACGCUAUGUGGUGCUUAUGCAGCAAUCCCAUGCUGCUCAAAUAUGAAACACUCUUUGACCAUGUAGUGCACAACAAAACCCCACAAUGUCAAAUGUAGACAACGCUCAGAGCCCUUGCAGCUAGGAUAUGGAAUCCGUGAUUUUGCAAUGUCAGGGACUCUUGAGAAGAACACGCGUCUUUUUGUGAUAAUUUGGGGUACCAGAUAGAAGUUUUCCGCUUCUGGUUAGCUGGUGCCCGUUUCUCUAUUGAUUUAGUACUUGUAGAGCCAGCUUUGUCAUGUUAUUGCUUUCGUGCCUGUUAUAUCACUGUCAUCUUUUCACUAUUGACAAUUGCCUUUUGUUCUGCCAUAUUUACUAGGUCUUUCAUGACAUAAACAAUACUAGCGAUGCCAUUUGUCCCUA